AUGUCGAGUACAACAUCUUCGGACCACUGUCUGUUGAACUUCAUUUCCGCGAACUUUGCGGCAGGGGUGACGGUCGCGCCACUUUGCCAGACGGCUGACGACAGAUCAACGGACAGGAAUGACGGAGAAAUAAAGAGCCACAACGACUGGUGGCUCGACGGCGAAGAGUCGCACACGAAAGAUCGCACGGAACGAGCGGUCGAGAGCGGCCGACAAAAGAUCCAAGCGACUGGUGAGCGAGGCGGCGAGAGCGCCAAGAUCACUUUGAAAAUUGCCGGACGGAGCGCCAACCAGUAA